CGGACCUGAGUCGACUAGCCGAUGUAAGUAUCCCAAAUGUCCGACGACAAGAUCAAGCACACUCUGCAUCGUGCUGCCUUUCGAGACAACCCCAUGGAAUACCAGAAUCAUCGUCGCUCCAGGAGACCUGCUGAUUCCUUCCGGUAGUUCCCCAUCAAUGGGACAACUGUGCACAUGGCCAAUGGCAUGGCAGCAGAUAAUGCUGGCACGAAUGGAGAUUCUGCAAUGAGCUACGAGAACACGGACAUCCAGGAGAUCACUCGCCGCCAGCUGAACCAGGACAUCAUGGCGUACCGUUACGACCUGGACCUCUGCCGCUCUCUGUUCGCCACCGAUGUGACGCCUCAAGAAGCUCGAGCGCUGCAGCUCAGAACCCUCGAUAUUGGCCAUCAAAUCCGCAGUGCUCAGCACCGGAUCGAGCUUAUUGAGGCGCAACAGCGCCAGAGUCAGAUGCCUGCGAUGGCAACCUACCACAACGGCGUCCACUCAACACAUCGGGGUGCCGCAUCCCGACCAGCCGAUAGUCCACCCAAUGGCUCAGCCGUCAAGAGACAACGCUUGACAGUCAAGCGAAGCCACAGUACUGAGGACGUCGCGAACGGCAAUGGCACACCGCAACAGCUGGCCACAGCUGCAGACGCAAAGAGCGACUCAUUCACACCAGUCAACGGAUUCCAUGCUCACCCAACCACGAACGAAACCUCGCACGGGAGCAGCGCAGUGCAGCGGCUGGGCUUCUGGAAGUGCCGUCUCUGUGUGGCGUCAAAGUAUCUGAACGCUGGCCCAAAUCGCGUGCCUAGUGAGCCGAGCAAGUGGCCUCUGAAGGACGUCAGCAAGAUGCUGAAUCACUUCUUGGAUCUGCACACGGAGCAUACGCCGGCAGAGCGCUGCAUGGAGCUCGGCGCUGCUCUGGCCCAGAAUCGGGGCCCUUUUGAGUACUGGCUCACCCAGACUCGCAAGCAGGAGCUGGACGACCUGUCCGUGAUCGAUGGAUAUGUCAACACACUACAAGCUGGCAACCUGCCCGAAGGCCUCCGUCGUCUCAACAGGGCGGCCGGACUUUUCCCGAACUCGACCCACGAGAAGAAGGCGGUUUGAAAACUUUGGUGCGGCACAUGGCACGCCAUGGUGAACGAGCAUGUUUUUGGGCGGAGUUCAACUGGGCUUUGGUGAAUUAUCUGGGAUCUGAUCCGAGAGGGACAGUCGCUGGAGACGCCAUAGGCAUGACAGGGAGUUGGGGCGUUUGCAUUUACAUGAUCAACCCAAUGUCAGCACUUUGCCAGAGUAUGAUAUGACGUCGUUUCGACAGAAACAACUGGCCCCUCACAAGGCAAAUCGUUUUAGACUGUCACCCUGCGAAAGUCGGUGAAGAAAUGGUUCAGCGUGCUCAGCGCUAUCGAUUGGACGGUUGCAAAACUCCAUCAAGGCAGUGGAGACAUUGUUGCCGCUGCCAGCGAACCCAAACAAGGACAUGCUCUUGGUUAAAACUCGAUGCGUUCGGCAUGAAACUGCAGCAUCAGCCCUGAUGGCGACAAUGAUUGCCAUGGACGAGUGCUUGGGUGGUUGUCU